CUGAUCCAACAUGGAUGACAAACUCUUUGGCAGCGGUCAGCUGGACGGGGCCUCCGACGAUCCGCCGAGCGGCGACCCCUACCCCGGCGUCUUUCCCGGCUUGUCCGAGUUGGAAAGUCACCUGGAGAACCAUAAGGAAGCGAGGCCUUUCAAGUGCAACCUGUGUGACCGGACCUACCGCCACGCCGGCAGCUUGGUCAACCACAAGAAGACCCACCAAGUGGGACUCUACGCCUGCCUGAUCUGUCAGAAAGAAUACUCCAACCCUAUGGGCCUGAAAAAUCACCUGCGGACUCACUCCGAGGAGAGGCGCUUCAACUGCGGCGAGUGCGGGGAGUCUUUCCGAAUGGCGCGCCAGCUUUCCAGCCACCGGAAGGCUUCCCACGGCUUUUACUCCGCAGCCGGCGGCGAGGAGCUUCCGGGCGGCCACGAGGGAUUCGACGCGUCCGCUCCCGCUUUGAUGGAAAACGGCAGCUUGAUUAGCAACUUGGAGAAUUACAUCGCGGAGUCCAUGGUGGCCGGAGAUUUCUCCCAGCUGGUCUCCAAAUAUUACCCGGAGGAAAGGAGAGAAGAAAAGAUGGGGGGAAAGCCGGAGAUAAAAGCCGAAAGCCAGGUAGAGGAAAGCGAGGAGCAGGUGGCUGACGGCAGCGUGGAGGAGCGUCGGUACAAAUGUAAGCAGUGUGGCAAGGCUUAUAAGCACGCGGGCAGCCUGGCCAACCACAAGCAGAGCCAUAGCGUCGGCGUCUACCAGUGCGCCAUCUGCUACAAGGAGUUCACGAACCUCAUGGCCAUGAAAAACCAUUGUCGCCUCCACUCGCAUUCUAGAAGCAAGAAGCGUUUCAGCGCCACCUUCCCCAACACGCAGCUGCCCGGCCACUUGCCGGAGGUCCCGGAGACACUACUCCACGCCGCCUCGACUCACGGACACCUCGCGGAGACGCAUGACGAGCGGCAGCCCGUUUCGGAGAGCAGCGUUUCCGAGGAGGAGACCUGGAUAAACCCUCUCCUCGAGACCCAAAGCGUGAAGGACGUUCCUCCGGAGCUCGCCAGUCCGACGAAGACCGAAGAGUCGUUUGCAGCCAUAAGCCUCAACGCGGGGUUCCAAGUUCCUAAAGAGGACGACCUAAUGCAAGAGACCCCGGAGACGCGUUCCUUCCACCCCGAGCCGGCCGGACAGAGCCAGACGGAGCAUUCAGGCUCCGAGGAAGAAGCCAGGGCCGGCGAGAGUCCGGAAAAUAAUCGCCCCUUUAAAUGCCAGGAGUGCGGCAGAACCUACAGACACGCGGGCAGCCUCAUCAACCACAAAAAGACUCACCAGACCGGGGUAUAUAACUGCUCCGUGUGCGCCAAACAGCUGUUUAAUAUGGCGGCGUUAAAAAACCAUCUGAGGGCGCACUUUAAGUCCCGGACGGGAAGGCGGCCGGACGACGCGUAUUUCCAUUCAGCGGGUUUUUCCGACGAGCUCUUUCAGGCAGCCGAGGACUCGUAUCGGUGCGUCGCUUGUCACGAGUUCUUCGCGUCCGAGGCCGACCUCCUGCAACAUCAAACCCUGCACGGGAACGCUGCUGGCUGCGAAAAACAACGCGCUGAGGGCUUAUCUGCGCAGGAUGACGGCUGGGGAGAAAAUCCUCAGGGAUCUCAGGGCAGCAGCGAGGACUCUGCCUACUCCAGCGGCCAAGGAAUCCCAGAAGCAAUAAAGAGAGAGGUGGAGAGCCUUGCCCUCCAUCCCCCGUUCCACCAGUGGAGUCAGGAGAGCUCGCCCGAUAACGGCCCCGUGGACGCCAAGCCCGCAGAGGACCCUGGGACUCCUUUCCAAAAUCACUUCACGAGUUGCAACCAAUCUCCAGAAAACAAAAUAAAUCCAAAGGAGCGGGACCCUUGUGAGCCGGAAGAGAGAGACCCCCCGUCCGCCGAUGAUCGCCCUCAUAAAUGCGAGGCCUGCGGGAAGACGUACCGGCAUAAGAGCAGCCUCCUGAAUCAUAAACUGACCCAUAAGACGGGCAACUAUCCGUGCUCUCUGUGCCCAAAGCAAUAUCCUAACCUCAUGGCGCUGAGAAACCACCUCAGGUUUCAUUCACGAUCUCUCGCUGGCAGAAGGGGGGCUCUGUCCACGCGCAGCCGCCAGUUAUAUGGCGAACCGAAAGCGCUGCAAAGCGGGGCUUAUCCCUCAGCCAGCGCCGCUCCUCGCCAAUCUCCGAAGCGUGAAACGACCGCCGUGAGUGCCGAGGGAUCGGAGCUGUUUGACGCUCGCUCCGAGGUCGCGCCAGCGGAAUCUUCCGGCCCGGAGACGCUUACGGCGAUUAAAAGUGAAGUUCAUUUCUCGGAUUCUCAAAUCGAUGUCUGCGAAGCGAAAGAGGCUGACGGAAGAGGUGCUCAGGAUCACGAGCAUCCCGAAAAGAAAGCGUACGAGUGUGACCUGUGUGAGAAAGCGUACAGACACUCCGGCAGUCUGAUCAACCACAAGAGAACGCAUCAGACCGGGGACUACGCCUGUUCUGUCUGCUCCAAGCGCGUCGCCAACCUGGCUGCCUUAAAAAAUCACCUCCGCAUCCACCAUAGAGUGAAAAAGGAGAAGCUCGGCGACGGCAACGAGAGCUCCGGGUUCCUGGCCCCCGACGCGUAUUUCCCCCGCGAAGAAGUCUUCCAGAGCGAGGAGGACCUGCUGGCAGCGCACGUGGGGUUACCGGAGGGUCCGUGGGGUCACAUGAUUGAGGAUGUAAAGGUGGAGAGGGGUUUAGAAGCAGCCGGGGGGAGCAGCGACUUGGAACAGACGAGCGAUGCUGAUGCUGACAGAAGCCUUGAUUCAUCUGAAGACCAAAUCUGCCCUCCCGCUUAUAGAUGCCACGAGUGUGGAGAGGUCUUCAGCAGCUCGGCAGGGCUCCGUAACCAUAAACACGCUCAUCAGACUGGCAUUUACCAAUGCUCGUUUUGCCCCAAAGAGUACCCCAACCUUUCAGCCCUGAGAAGUCAUUUCCAGACCCACACCAAGCCUCAUCGAGACGCGUUCAGCGGCUCUGACGAUCACUACCUUGAGGAGGACCAGCUGGCCGUAGAUCACCGUUACGACUGUGGCCACUGCGGGAUGAUAUUCUGCAGCGAAGCCGACUUUCACCAGCAUCAGGUCGCGCAUGAAAACCAAGCGAUGAGCGAGACCUCGUCUGCUCUGCAUACAGAGGACGGGGUUCCUGGCUGCCCCUUCCCCAUGCAAGCCUCGGAGACGGAGCUCGUGGUGCAGAUGAAGGGCGAAGCGGAGGAAGAGGGUCCCCGGGAGGCCGCCUAUGGAGCGUCUCACCUUUCCCAUAUCUGCGGUUUCUGCGGACAGACCUAUGAUGACCUGGAGAGUUUGGAGGCCCAUAGUUUGAGUCACAGUGAUGAGAAUUUGCCCCCCGCUAGUGAUUGUCAAGCUGCCCCAGAAGCUGCUGACUUUCAGAAUACGGACCUCCUGCGCAGCCACGAACUCAAAGACGACGCGGCCUCUGGAGAUCCUCCGAGCGGCGAGAAGAGCCCGGAGCGUCGUCCCUACACCUGUGAUCAGUGUGGCAAGUCCUAUCGCCACGGGGGUAGCCUAGUAAACCACAAAAAGACUCACCUGGUCGGCAACUUCCAGUGCUUCGCGUGCUUCAGGCAAUAUCCUAAUUUGGCCGCUUACCGAAACCAUUUACGCCAUCAACCGAAAUGUAAGCAGCUGGUGACCCCCAACAGUCUGCACGAGCUACACCUUCUCGGUCCGGCUGACACUACGUACCCUGCUGGAAACCGAGACCCCCUGAGCUGCCCGCUACCGGCCGGAGACCCUCUGCCCGGUCUGUACGAUGCCUCUAAACCCACCGCAGAUCCCGCGUUGCCCUAUUAUAGCGCCGAUCCUCCCCAAGACCACCGUCUUACCGCGUCUCUGAAACGACCUCGAGCCAAAUCUCCGAGAAAGGCUGUCAAGAGGCGCCGGCCGCGCAUCAAUCCCUCCUUCGAAGAUCAAAGCCCAUCCACCGAUCCUCAAAAUGAGUCGUCCCUCGACGACAAAUCAACGCAGACCUGCGAAUGCUGCGGGACAAAGUGCAAUAGCAUCGACGAGCUCGUCAUUCAUCUGGCUAGCGGCUGUGCCGGCAGCGGCCGCGAAGCAACCAUGCCUUCUCCGGCGAGAGACGGCGGCGUGGAUAGACUUCCCGAUUCACCCGCGUACAAGAUCGUCUUAAAUGCCAAAAAGGAGGCCGAAGAGCCAGGGUUUCUCCAGCGGCCCUUCCGGUGCGAAGUGUGCGGCCGUAGCUACAGACAUGCGGGAAGCCUCAUUAACCACAAGCAGACCCAUAAGACGGGGGUCUUCCGGUGCUCCAUUUGCCAGAAGCGCUUCUUCAACCUCAUGGCGAUGAAGAACCACAAUCGCAUCCACUUCGGGUUAAGGAGACACAAGUGCCUGGACUGCGGCAAAGCGUUUCGCCUCCAGAAACAACUGGACACCCACCAAAGAAUUCACCGGGAAAGCCCGCCGGUACGGAAGCCCCGCAGGCGUAACCGCAGGGGGGCAAAAUCUCACGUGGCCGGUCUUCUACAACAGCAUCAAAAGCCAUCGCCGGCCGACAAGUCCCCAAAGGGCUCUCCUGCUGAGGACGCUGAUGGCGCCGGAGGAUCGGCGGCUGCUUCACCCGGCGUCUCAAAGAAAAGCGCCUCGAAAAGGGCGCUCAAUCCGGAUUCCCGGCCGUAUCAGUGCGAGGAGUGCGGCCGCUCCUAUCGCCACGCGGGAAGCCUCAUUAAUCACAAGAAGAGCCACAAGAUGGGGCAGUAUUGCUGCACGACGUGCGGCAAAACCUACCCCAACCUCAUGGCCAUGAAGAACCAUCAGCGAACUCACUACGAAACCAAGAAGUUCCACUGCUUGGAGUGCGGGAAGGCCUUCAAGUGGAUCCGGCAGCUGGUCCGGCACCAGCACGUUCACGCCCGGCGGGCCAAGUUCUCUUCCUAUAUCACCGGGGCUUCUCACCUCUCGGAUCCCGGAGAAGCUGCCGAUGCCCCUCAGGAUCAGGAGAGAGUUCCUUUGUCUUCAAGCAGCCAAGCCGUGGCGGGAUCGGCGAACGCGAGUAUGGACCAGCGGCCCCCGGUGCCGUUAGGGCCGGCUUGCCAAGACUGCGGGGUUUUAUUUGUUGGUUACAAUGAGUUAGAAAACCACAAGUGCGGCCAAAACCGCGUGGACGAGAGCUCUGGGCCGCCAGCCGACGGUCACGGUUCUACGCAAACCCAACGGGCCGAGGAGCGGCCGUACCGGUGCAACCUGUGCGCACGCACAUAUCGGCACGCGGGGAGUCUAAUCAACCACAAAAACACUCACAAAUCCGGCGAGUACAAGUGUUCGAUCUGCUCCAAACAGUUCUCUAACCCCAUCUCCAUCAGACACCAUCUGCGCACGCACACGGCCGAGAAGCGCUUCCAGUGCCUGCGCUGCGGCAAAGCGUUUAGCUCCUCCGUGAAGCUGAUGUGCCACCAUCGUGUCCACACCGGCGAGAGGCCCUUCCAGUGCCCCACGUGCCACCGCGGCUUCAGCAGCAAACUGACUCUUAGACACCAUCAACGGACUCACAGAGAGCCGGCUUCUCUCUCUGCUCCGCCGGCGUCUUCCUCACCGGAGCUGCCAGGCGCUGCGGCGACAAAAAGUGGCGCGUCGAUACCCAGCGAGGAGGGCGCCAACCACGCCGACACCAAGGAAGAGCGGAGGUUCAAGUGCGACCAGUGUGACAAGUCUUACCGGCACGCGGCGAGUCUGCUGAACCACCGCAAGACGCACAACACGGGCGUCUACCACUGCCCCGACUGCCAAAAACCCUUCUACAACCUCCUCGCCCUGAAGAACCACCUGCGCACCCACCGCUACCAGUGCCGGGACUGCGGCAAAGCCUUCCGCACCUCCGGCCACCUGGCGGCCCACCGCAAAAUCCACGAGGAGCGCGGCCAAUUCGCCUGCCCCAUCUGCAGCAAGCACUUCUUUUCCCGCUCCGGCCUCGAGCAGCACCGGCUGUCGCACGGCGACCCGCGGACCGGCGCCGUGGACUCCAAUCCCGUGGCUACCUUCAUGGUGAAAGUGUCAUAAACCCGCCGGAGGCUCCUCGGCCCGCUUCCAUCUUUAGACUGCUGCAAUGUUUUUGUUUGUGGGGGGCUCUCUUUUAUUUAAUUUUUCUUUUAUUUUUUUAAACCCUCACAGAAAAGCAAAUCAAAAUUGAGGA